AGCCCUGAGGUAAGCUGCCCCGCGAUUGGCUGGCGGGCGUUUCGCAAUCUCCUGCUCCCGCCUUUCCCGGAGAAAGGACGGCGGCGAGAAGGCAGCGGCGGCGAGCCGAGUCGGGACUGGUCGGGCUCGCGCCUCCCUCCCGGAGCAGAUUUAGUGUGUCGGUCUGUGUGAAGCUGCUCCAGACACAUCUUGAAAUUCCAGAACAUAUUUUUUCUUACAAAUCACACUGCGGGUCUAAAGAAGAACUUGUCCAAAUGAGCAAGACAUCACAACAGAACACCACUGCAGAAACCAAUGGAGUAAGUGUCAUCUAUACCCAAGCACACACAAGUGGGUUGCAACAAGUUCCUCAGCUGGUGCCUGUUAGUCCUGGAGGUGGGGGCAAAGCUGCACCUCCUAGUAAGCAGGGCAAAAAGAAUUCGAUUGUUGAUAGAAACAGUGAUGAGUACCGCCAGCGCAGAGAGCGCAAUAACAUGGCGGUGAAGAAGAGCCGCUUGAAAAGCAAGCAAAAAGCCCAGGAUACCCUCCAGAGGGUAAACCAGCUAAAAGAAGAAAAUGAACGCUUGGAGGCCAAAAUCAAGCUCCUCACAAAGGAGCUGAGUGUACUGAAAGAUUUGUUUCUUGAGCAUGCUCACAAUUUCACAGACAGUGUGCAGCCUCUGGGCACAGAAAACUCUGCAACACAUUCAGAUGGACCUGGACAGUAGAUAAACCAUGUGGACACAUCUUCCCUUUGUGCGUCAGAUAAUAGAAUGGAGAGGAAUCUGCUUUGUACCAUCUGUCAUUUUUGACAUUUUUUAGUAGGCUUAACACUCUGAUGCAAGGAAAUUGAAAAUUUGUUAAGUAUGUUUUAAAUUAAGUGUUAAUGUAUUUUGUUUUUGAUAAAAUGAUAAAAAUGGAGAAACAUCCUCAAAUUACGGUCACUAAAAUUAGGACUGCAUCAUUUAUUAAAUUAUUUAGUUUCUGGGCAUGAUGAUUGGACAGUACUUUUUCAAAAUAUAAAUUGUUUUAGGGUAAGAAUGUGCAGACAUUCUUCUCAAUCUCCAGUUUAUCUUGCCCAGGAGGAGGUGCCUCUUUCAAAGUGGUUUCCUGCAAGGCAAGCGUGGAUCAAAGAAAGUGUGAACAAUCCUCAGAUAUUCAUAUGCAAAUUUACAAACUAUUUUUAUGAAGUGGAUGAAAGCCUUAAAUUAGUUGUUUGGUUGACAGCUUUUUUUCAGCAGGGUAACAAGUAAAUAUCCAUAUGCUGAUAAUCAGCUGAAUUGCUGAUUAAAUAAGCUUUAAGGUUUUCCUUUCCCACUUAUUUUGUAGUGCAAGGCUUGCUGUGUAAUUUAGGUUGAGAUUUUCAAACAUGCAGCACAAGUAUUUGCUGUGUACAACUCCUGAGGUUGAGGCGGCUUGCUCAGUAGCGGUGCCUAAGAAAUUGUUGUCGAUGCGAAGACAGGAAGGCUGGCCAAGACCCAAGGAGUAUGGUCUUCUGCGGGUCCUGCUUUAUCUGUGGUCUGAAAAUGGACCUGUUCUAGGUGUGAACAACUUCCACCUUCAUUCCUGUGGCCAUGGAAUUGGGCAACUGUAGUGACCCUGCAGCUGGCCACCGUUCUAAACAUCUGCAGUCUCUGCACAGGGAUUGGGGCGGGGGAAGGUUUUUCCCAGCUGCUGCUACUUUUCCAGCAGCCUCUAAACGGAUUGGCUUAGCGUGUAGAUGUAAGAGCUAGUUGGUCUAGUGGGGAAGGCUCCAGGCUAGAAACAGGCAAUGGUGACUAGAAUGGCGAGUUCUAGUUCUAGUCCCUGGCCCAGGUUCAAAUUUAAUUCCACAGUGUACCAAAAAUACAUAAUCAUCUUUCCAACAGAGUCCAUAAAAUUAAAUCUUUUGCUCUGUGGCAUUCCUGUGGGGAAAACAGGGCUUUUUGACACUUCAAAUGCUGGUAGUUUAUUUUUUGGAGUAGAAUAAAACAAACAUAUUUAACAGCAGGGAAGUUCAUGUAACCUUAAUUUAUUUUCUUUCACAAUCUCUCCAUAAUGUUUGCAUAUGAUUGACUGAAUAGUGAAAAUGACUUUUAUACCUCCCCUUCUUUUGAAGUUACCAUGUUUGUACACGUAUUUAGAAAAAACUCAGUUGAUGGUGGUAGAAAGUAUUAAUAAAAAGCCUUACAACAA